GUCUGAUUAAUGAGAUUGUCUCUGAGUUUGUUGACAGCGGAGGGAGGGAAGACAACAUUAGCCGCGAAUGUAGGUCAGUGUUGUGACGUCAGCUUGCAAAUGGCGAGAAGUUUCGUCUCACUUCAUAUUGUGGGACAGUAGGUGCAGUCGACGCCUCGCAAGUAUCACUCACGGCUCCCAGGUCAGCCUGACAACAACACUCGACGUUUGAAAACACUUCUCCUCGGUCAGCAUGUCGACACGUCAGCACUCAGCAGUCUAACGCCAGCCUCACGCCAACUCAUGUCGUCCAGGAUGCGACAAAGACAUCAAAGGUACUGAGUGUUCGGUAUCUUGGGUCACAGUACACGUGAGGUCACGAGGUAGCCUGAGGUCACACGAACAAAUGCUGUGUCUAAUCGUGACCGUGAGACUGUGACUAUCUCCGCCAUUGUUUGUAGUGUCGAGGGUGCUGAAACUCGAUCUGCACCAGGGCGCCAAGAGAGGAACAUUUGAUUUUUUUGUCUCAGUACAAUCCACUUUAUGAUUGUAGAAUGCAUUCUAUACCUCUUCAAUCCAUUUUAUAAUUAUAGAUUGCAUUUUAUAGCUAUACAAACAUGCUAUAGAAUGUAUUGUAUGACUAGAGAGAGAAAAAAGGUAAAACCAAUUAUUUCAUUUUUUUCAUUAUUUUUAAAAGUUGCUGUCACGGACCAGUCUAUUAGGAACAGGAGGUUGUUGCCCCUGUCUAUUGUUUUCUUAAAGAUUAUUGCCCUUACCUUACAGAUAUGAGUGUGUUGGUUGCGUCGCGGUUUCACGUCAGAACCCGACGUCAUUUCAUGACGUUAUUUUAGUUUGGACGAGAGUGAAAAUUAUUUGGAAGAGAGCAGACGGCUGUGAGCAGGGAAGAGAGGCGGACAGAAAGUGUGUGUGGUGUUGGUUUCGGAUAUUGUGUGGGUCGAUCCCUGCGGAUAUAUGUGUGGUACCAGCUUUGGGUCAUGUGUUGACCCCCCAAGAGUUUAUUUGUGGUGCCAGCUUUGGGUCAUGUGUUGACCCCCCAAGAGUUUAUUUGUGGUGCCAGCCUUGGAUCAUGUGUUGAUCCCCAGGAAUAUAUUUGUGGUGCCAGCUUUGGAUCAUGUGUUGACUCCAGCAACUAUAUUCUGAGUCGUCUGUUAGGUGUCUGCUGAGUCAGCACCUAUUAUUAGUAAGCUGCGGAACGUGUAUGUGAUUUCCUCUGAACGUUUGUGUGUGUGGAUAUUAGUCAAGUGUGGGCAAGACUGCACCACUGUUGGACAGAGAGGAUUUUACGCAGACGUUACAAUUGUGGAUGUGAGUAACUAAGACUCUAAUGAAUUAUUCAGAAACAAACGACAGUUCGUAGUAUAUUGAAAUGGACAUGUGUAUGUCGUCUUGGUGACAUGAAGAGAACAAUUGGAGCAGCCUGUGCGCUGUAGUAUUUCCGGAAUUGAAAGAUAUUUGACGUAUAUCUUAUAAUUUAGAAGCGAACUGAAAGACUCAGACAUUUCUAUAUCUUUAGUUAAUGUUGAUUGUUAUAAAGUUUUUGUUGCCUACGACAAAUCUAAGUGUUUUGUGAGUGAAAGAAAGAACACGCAAGGGGACGCGUGCGUGUUGUGAGAGAAAGUGAGAUUCAAAAAGAGCGUCUCUGACAGUUGCUAUCCAAUUCAUUUUAUUAUAUAAUUAAAUUCUUUAUAAAUUCAUUCUAACUAUACAAUUUAAUUUUAUACAGGAUAUACAGUAAUAUAUAUAUCUCUAGAGAAAGAACAGUAUAAAAAUUCUCCUCCUGCCAUCCCAUACUCUGAGCACGUGAUCCAGCUUAAAUAAUAGUAAAUCCCGUUUCGCUGGCUCAGUUUAAACUGUUUCGAUAUUACGUGUUCUCUAUUUGACUUUAAAUUGUCUGAUGUAGCUAUCAGACUGGCAGGGAGCGGCGAUGGCAAGUUAAUCGCGUUUUCUUCCGGGUCCUCUUGAGAGAUAACACAUCUCUUGACAGACGAUUUAUCAAAUCGCAGGACAGACGACCAAAGUAACAUCGACGUGUGCAGGUGUCAGAAAGGUCUUUUGUCUCUUGUGUACUUCAGACUACUAGCGGGUUUUCGGCUUCGCUCAUUGGACAAGUAGUGAGGGGUACAUCUGAACAUGAUGUUCAGAGGCCAAGAAAAACAGCGAGAGAUUAAGAUGUCCAUCCACCACAGCGUUGGAUCUUACCUGCGACGACUUACACCUGGGUGUUCAUGACUGGUCUUCCAUCAGAGUUGAAGAAGGGCUGAUGGUGUACAACGUGGGCGACAGACUCCACCAACCUUGACCUACCGUCGUGCGCAUUCGUGGGUCAGCUGUUCAGAGGACUGUGUUCACAUUCGGUCAGCCACACAGAUGUGAAAGUUGAAGGACUUUGAGAUUGUUUGAUGCUGCACGUACUUGAUGACAAUGAGUGUCGGAUCCUUCGGCGCGAGCGUUCUGUGGUAUGUGCGUGUCCUGGGAGUCAUACUCCUGUGUCGUCACCAGUUGCAUGUGUCGAGCGAGUGUUUGAUGAACGCGUCCACCUCGCUCACCUCGAAGAAUUCGAGUGAUUUUCUGAUUGCAAACGCGUCAGUCCCUCUUAGGGAUCUGCUGCAGCAGCUGGUCCACUCAGUAACAAGUGGAGGCAAGCUAGUGGACCAAGUGCAUCUGGACCUAUCGCGAAAAGGCAUAAAAGACUGCGACCUGCCCCUAGUUGCAAAUAUCACAAAUAUCGUAGUGUUGGACAUGUCUGAUAAUGAGCUAGAGAACUUGACAGAGAAUGUUCUGUCCAACUUCCCAAAUGUCUGGCAUGUGAACUUAGCUUUCAACACUAUAUCUGAUAUUUCUGAUAAGUCUUUGCCAUAUAGUGUGAAGCUGCUAAACAUUUCAGGAAACAGACUUCGUCGUCUUGAGCGAGGAAUGUUUCACAACUCCUUACGGAACCUCACAGCGUCUCGAAACCGUAUUUUUGAACUUCUGCCCGGGUCUCUUCCUACAGCACUAACAGAUCUGGAUUUAUCAUUUAAUGAAAUCCGCAUUCUGCUGAAUGGGGUGUUCGCGAAUCUCUACGCCUUAAGAUCGCUUAAUCUGUCUCACAAUCAACUUGCAGUCAUCCAGCCGCACGCCUUCCAUUGGGGGAUGACUUUGAGAACUGCUGACCUGUCUUACAACUCGCUGACGUCAUACGAACCGUGGCCGUACCUGUUCACUUACGAUCGAAAUGUUAUAAGGGUGGAUCUCCGGUACAACAACAUCUCACGCUUUACGAACGACAUGAACAUGACGGUGAUCAUGGAGAAUAAGUACACGAGGGUGGAUCUGCGUCACAACGCCUUGCGAAGUGUGACGUUGCAGGAUCUGAGCAUCUACUUCAACGGACAGCUGCCCAAUGACUUCCAGGUGGAGAACUUGGAGCUGGACAUAGAGGAGAACCCCUGGGUGUGCGACUGUUCACUUUACGGAUUGGUCUCACUGUACAGCACGAGCUUUAUGCGAAUUCUUUCGCGUGUGAACUCUCUACUCACGUGCCAGAAUCCUCCUACACUUCGCGGCAAAACGUUUGGCUUUCUGAUAGACAAUCCAGACUCGCUGACGUGUCACUUGACACACGAGUGUCCUCCAGGCUGCUCGUGCCAGGACAGACCUCAUCGAGGCUACGUGGAAGUGUACUGCGAUCGCAAUCAGCAAGUUUAUGCUCACCUGCCCGCAGCCUUGCCCUCUGACCGACUCCUGUUUCUUAACCUCUCCGGUCACCAGCUUCAAGCUCUCGACCCAACCGUCCCGUACGUAUCCCGUUGUAUGGAUUGGACGUCAGCCGGAACCACUUGCAGGAAGUGACGUCAGAGUUCCUGGACCAGGCCCGUGAUCUCGUUGUGCUGGACGUCGGGCACAACCAACUAACCUCACUUCCUCCGCAGGUGCGCAAGCUCUUGCUGCAACACCUGCAUGUGGCAGGAAACCCCCUGCAAUGCUCCUGUAGCUUCGUUUG